AUGAGGCGGCACCGGUACUUGCUGGAGCGCGGCGGCGGCGGCGGCGGCGGCGCGGCCGCCUUGGCCGAGGGCGAGGGCAGCGGGGCCCCGGAGGACGCGGCCGGGCGCGGGCCCCUUUGCCCGUGCCGCCGCCGCCGCCGCCGCCACCGCCGCCGCCGCGACUGGCUCUACGAGUCCUACUACUGCAUGAGCCAGCAGCACCCGCUGCUCGUCUUCCUGCUGCUCAUCGUGAUCGGCGCCUGCCUGGCUCUGCUCGCCGUCUUCUUCGUCGCCUCGGGGCUGGAAACCGAGGACCACGUGGCUUUCUUGAUAACUGUUCCAACAGCCCUUGCCAUUUUCUUUGCCAUAUUUAUCCUUGCCUGCAUAGAGCCGUUAUUCAAGAAGUUCCUUCGUGUUUUCUCUUUGGUAGUCUGGGUGUGUCUAGUUGCCAUGGGAUACCUAUUCAUGUGGUUUGGAGGAAUCAUCUGUCCAUGGGACCAGGUGUCAUUUUUCUUAUUCAUCAUUUUUGUGGUCUAUACUAUGCUGCCCUUCAACAUGCAAGAUGCUAUAAUUGCCAGCGUUCUAACUUCCGCAUCACAUACCCUUGUGCUGAGCAUCUGUCUGUCAUCAACAGAUAUCAUCAAGGAACAGUUGGUUUGGCAGAUCCUGGCAAAUGUUAUUAUUUUUAUUUGUGGGAACCUCGCAGGAGCAUACCACAAACAAUUGAUGGAACUUGCUCUACAGCAAACGUAUCAGGACACCUGCAACUGCAUCAAGUCACGCAUCAAGCUGGAGUUUGAGAAGCGGCAGCAGGAGCGUCUCCUACUUUCUCUACUUCCUGCUCACAUAGCCAUGGAGAUGAAAGCUGAGAUCAUUCAGAGGUUACAAGGACCCAAAGCGGGCCAGCUGGAAAAUACAAACAACUUCCAUAAUUUAUAUGUCAAAAGGCACACCAAUGUAAGCAUUUUAUACGCCGAUAUUGUGGGAUUCACUCGCUUGGCUAGUGAUUGUUCCCCUGGAGAGCUGGUGCACAUGCUGAAUGAACUCUUUGGCAAGUUUGACCAAAUUGCAAAAGAAAAUGAAUGUAUGAGAAUUAAAAUCUUAGGAGAUUGCUACUACUGUGUGUCUGGCCUCCCUUUGUCUCUUCAAAAUCAUGCCAAGAACUGUGUGAAAAUGGGACUGGACAUGUGUGAAGCCAUAAAGAAAGUCAGAGAUGCAACUGGGGUUGAUAUUAAUAUGCGAGUAGGAGUGCAUUCUGGGAAUGUCCUCUGUGGUGUGAUUGGACUGCAGAAAUGGCAGUAUGAUGUAUGGUCACAUGAUGUUACACUGGCCAAUCACAUGGAAGCUGGAGGAAUUCCUGGCCGUGUUCACAUUACUUCAGUCACCUUGGCGCACUUGAAUGGAGCUUACAAAGUGGAAGACGGAGAUGGAGAUGCAAGGGACCCAUAUCUCAAGGAACAUAAUGUGAAAACCUUCUUCAUAAUCAAUCCCAAGGAAGAAAAGCGAAGUCCACAGCAUCAUUUCCGACCCCGAAACACAUUAGAAGGAGCUAAAAUGAGAGCGUCUGUUCGUAUGACUAGGUAUUUGGAAUCUUGGGGAGCAGCCAAGCCCUUUGCUCACUUACACCAUCGGGACAGCAUGAUUACUGAAAAUGGCAAGAUCAGCACCAUGGACAUGCCUAUGGGUCAAUAUAAUUUCCAGCGUUGUAGAGAAAGAACAAAAUCUCAGAAGAAAAAGUUUGAAGAGGAACUAAAUGAAAGGAUGAUUCGAGCAAUCGAUGGAAUAAAUGCUCAAAAGCAAUGGCUUAAGUCUGAGGAUAUUCAAAGGAUUUCAUUACUCUUCUAUAACAAAACGCUAGAAAAAGAAUAUCGAGCAACGACACUACCUGCGUUCAAGUACUAUGUGACUUGUGCUUGUCUCAUAUUCUUCUGCAUUUUUCUUGUACAGAUUCUAGUACUACCCAAAAAGGCUAUACUUGGAAUCUCCUUUGGAGCUGCCUUUCUUGUGCUUUCCUUCAUUCUGUUUAUCUGUUUUGCUGGACAGCUUUUGCAGUGCAACAAGAAGGUCUCAACUUCACUGUUGUGGAUUCUGAAGUCAUCUGGAGUCAUCGCAAACCGCCCAUGGCCACGGAUUGUGCUCACUUUGAUAACAACUGCUAUAAUAUUAACAAUGGCAAUAUUCAAUAUGUUUUUCUUGGAUGGUGAUGAUGAUGAUAAUGAUGAUGAUGAUGUGAUUGAAUUACUCCCUAUGCUUAAUUCAUCAAAUGCAAGUUCUCCUGAGGCGAGUGAGCAGACACUCUGGUAUAUUCAAAGCAACCAUUUUUUCUUACCAUACUUUAUCUACAGCUGCAUCUUGGGCUUGAUUUCCUGUUCUGUUUUCCUUCGGAUAAAUCAUGAACUGAAAAUGGCAAUCAUGUUGGUUGCUCUGGUGAUCUACAAUGUCAUUCUUCUGCACAUGCAUGGCUCUGUGCUGGACAAUUACAACAAGUUCCUAUAUACAAUGGCACCUCUAAAAAGGCCAGGGAUCCUGAAAGAUCUGAAGACAAUGGGCUCUGUAUCUCUCUUCAUCUUCUUUGUCACAUUGCUGGUACUCAGCAGACAGAAUGAAUAUUACUGUAGGUUAGAUUUCCUGUGGAAGAACAAGUUCAAAAAAGAACGUGAGGAGAUAGAGACCAUGGAGAAUUUGAAUCGGCUGCUUCUGGAGAACGUGCUGCCAGCUCACGUGGCUGAGCAUUUCUUGGCAAGGAACUUGAAGAAUGAGGAUUUAUACCAUCAGUCGUAUGACUGCGUCUGUGUCAUGUUUGCCUCCAUUCCAGAUUUCAAAGAAUUUUAUACGGAAUCUGAUGUCAACAAAGAGGGCUUAGAAUGUCUCAGGCUUCUAAAUGAGAUCAUUGCUGACUUUGAUGAUCUGUUGUCUAAACCCAAAUUUAGUGGCGUUGAAAAGAUCAAGACCAUUGGGAGCACUUACAUGGCAGCCACGGGACUAAGCGCAACAUCCAGCCAAGAACACAGUCAGGAAACUGAGCGACAGUACAUGCACAUUGGGACUAUGGUGGAGUUUGCAUUUGCCCUUGGAGCAAAACUGGACGUUAUCAACAAGCAUUCCUUCAAUGACUUCAAGCUACGAGUAGGUAUUAACCAUGGACCUGUAAUUGCUGGUGUUAUUGGAGCUCAGAAACCACAGUAUGACAUCUGGGGCAACACUGUAAAUGUGGCUAGUAGGAUGGACAGCACUGGCGUCUUAGAUAAAAUACAGGUCACAGAAGAGACAAGUAAUGUGUUACAAACACUGGGCUACAUUUGUACCUGCCGAGGGAUCAUAAACGUCAAAGGAAAAGGAGAACUUCAGACCUAUUUUGUACAUACUGAAAUGACAAAGUCCCUUUCACAAGGGAAUGUGGCAUCCUGAAAUAUACUCUUGGUUGUGGGCUGUCCCACAUUUUUAGGGGGUUGGGGGAAGCAUCACCUUUUUCUUAACUCUAUUUUGGCCCAUACCAUGAACAUGUGUGUAAUUUUCUGGUAUAUAGAAACAUUGCUGUAGUAAUGUCUACAGUCUAGUACCACCAUCCAGCAUCCAGAGACCUCAAUAGUCUUAAUGUUCCAGGAUGGCUGAAGCAUGUACUAUGGGCUAAGAAGACUAGCAGCAAUAUGUGCUGUCAACUCUUAAGUAGAAAAGAAGAGAGGCAAAACUUGAACGUAAUUUAAGAAAUUAAAGGUCUGAGACUUUUGGUGGGCUGGAUUAGCUACAAAGAAUGCUUUAAGAGGGAAAACAAAAAUACAAAAUAAAAUAAUCUUAUGGCAAUAAAAUUAGAGCUGCAUGGAAAAUUGUGAAAAGUAGGGUAGCUCCCCAAUAACAUCCUCUAGUCCUGAAUUUGUAAUAUCUAAUUCUGUCCCUUUACCUACUACAACUAGGGUGUGUUUAUCAAGUGUCUCAUAGCCAGCCAGGAUGCAAAAUGGGGCCCCUGGCUGACCACCUUCUUGAAGGAAGUAGCUGAGCAGGACCAGUUUUGUAUAAAAUGUGUCCAAUGUUUUGAUGCCAUUGUCUUUUGUAAAAUUAACUCAUUAAAAGUUUAUAUGUACUUUCUCUUUAAA